AUGUCGACGAGUGGCCGUGGUGGUCAAAUCACUCUUCCCUCCCACCCCAGAGGUGGAGGCCAGGGCGGUGGUCGUGGUGGCAGUUCUCACGGUGGUGGCCCUCCAAGAAGCGUCGCCGGUCCCCCAGCUAUCUUCUCUCAUGGCCCCGGUGAUGUCGCCAUUCUCGAUGUCAAGAAUAGAGAUCUUGAGAACGAGAUCGAGAAAACCGUCCUCAAGCCAUCCGCUUCUGCUCCCCGGCUCCCUGUCCGCCCUGGCUUUGGAACACAAGGAUACAGAAUCCUGCUCUACGCGAAUUACAUGCAUCUCGAUUGGGGCAACGCCACGUUCUAUCGCUAUGCUCUCGAUUUCGCAGUACAGGGGACUCCUGGCAGACAGAUCAGAAAGAAAGACAAGCAGCGCUUGGUCACCCUGCUCAUUGAAGAACAUUUCGCCCAAAACCGAUCGGGCAUCGUGACGGAUUUCACCUCUCUGAUCAUCAGCAACACGCAGCUCAAUCAGCAAUCGUACGAUGUCGUCUAUAGGAGGGAGGGUGAAGACACUCCUGUUGCCACGGCCAGACGAUAUCGCAUUCGCCUGGUCCCUGAUGGCGCCAAUACUGCGUCAGAGCUGUUGACAUAUCUCAUCUCGACCACCCCCAAUGAAGUCUGUACUUCCAAAGACCGCACUAUUCAAGCGCUGAACAUUAUCAUGGGGCACAAUCCGAGGAGCUCUUCACGGGUCGCAUCUAUCGGAAGUAACAAACACUAUCCUAGACGGCCUCUGGAAGCCGACAGAUCCUCCCUUGGUGCCGGGCUCACGGUGAUCCGCGGUUUCUUCGUGAGCGUCAGACCUGCGACAGGACGCAUUCUCGUCAAUGUUCAAGUCAAAUGUUCUCCGUUCUACAAUCACGGCCCGCUUGUCAAUCUCAUCCAAGAUUUCCGAGCUUCACGCGACCCCAAGAAGCAGGAACUUCAUAGGUUUCUCACAGGACUCACCGUGCACACUACUCAUACCUCUCCGAGGAAGAACGGUCAACCCAUCCCGCUUCCGAGAGUCAUUUGUGGCCUUGCUACUAAGAAGGACGGCAAAUCGCUUCCCCAUCCGCCUCGUGUCCUCGAAUUUGGCGCUGGAGCGCAGCAGAUCCAGUUCUGGCUCGAUAGGGAGGGAAAAUACGUUACCGUCUUCGACUUUUUCCGACAGACCUACAAUAUUAUCAUCAACGAUCCUACGUUACCGAUCCUCAAUGUCGGCAACGAGCAGAAUCCAGUGUAUUUACCCGCCCAGAUGUGCCAGGUUCUACCAGGAAACGCGUUUAGGGGCACAUUGUCGACGCAGCAGACACAAAACAUGACGCGCUUCGCUGUUCGAAAACCCGUCCUCAACGCGCAGUCUAUCAUUGACAAGGGCGUCGGCUUACUCAAUAUUGGACAGCCUGUCAAUGCCACCCAUAGUGCCUUCAAUGUCAGCCUUACGCCACGGCUCAUCGCCGCACCAGGUCGCAUACUCGAAAGCCCCAGCGUCUACUAUCAGGGAAAGAAGCAUGUGGCAACUAAGCUCGGAAGCUGGAACAUGCAGAAUUUCAAAUUCGUCGCCACCGCAAAUCUCCAGAAAUGGACUUGGCUUUUCAUCAAGACCGAUGGCUAUGACGGCCCUUUGAGGAGCCGACUCGACCUUGAGACUAGCCUAACGGAGUUUACACAGGCACUACGUAAGGUAGGCAUUACUUGCACAAAUUGCUGCCCAGGCGAAGAGAUCACUAUCGAGAACAACACUGUCAAUGAGACGGUAGACGCCGCCAUUCACAAGGUCGCCUCUAAAUUCUUCUCAUCCUCAGCCCAGAAGCCAUUUCUCUUGGUUAUUCUCGGUUCUAAUCACUCCGACAUCUACAACAGAGUGAAGAUCAACUGCGACGUACGCGAGGGAAUCAACAAUGUCUGUGUAUUAGCGUCCAACUUUGCCAAAAGAAACCCACACACCUUUGCCAACAUCGCGCUGAAAGUGAACUUGAAACUAGGUGGAUUCAAUCAAUCGCUAGACCCGACGAAGCUUGGAAUGGUUGCAGAAGGUAGAACCAUGUUCGUUGGUCUUGACGUUACACAUCCAUCUACGGACUCGUCAGAAGAGGCGCCCAGCGUUGUCGGCAUAGUCAGUUCGAUUGAUCAAGUGCUAGGUCAAUGGCGAGCUAGUGUCGCACUCCAGGAAGGGCGGAAAGAGAUGGUAACAGACUUGAAGGAUCUAUUGAAAAAACACCUCGGGUUGUGGAAACAACAACACAAUGGCCUACCACACAACAUUAUCGUCUACCGAGAUGGGGUCUCUGAAGGACAGUAUCCAGUGGUUCUUGAUGAGGAACUGCCACAGCUUCAAGCCGCCUGCAGAGAGGUCUACACGCAAGAUACCCUCCCGCGCCUCAAUAUCACCAUUGUCAGUAAACGACAUCACACCAGGUUUUAUCCGACUCGGAGCGAGGAUGCCGAUAGGUCUACUAAUCAGAAGCCCGGUACUGUGGUAGACCGGGGUGUGACUGAAUCUCGAGUCUGGGACUUUUUCUUACAGGCUCAUGCUACGCUCCAAGGAACAGCUCGGCCCAUCCACUAUUUUGUGGUAUACGACGAGGUCUUUCGUCGACAUCAUCACCAACGUCAGGCAACGUCAUCGGAAGGAACCCACUUCGCGAACGCUGCUGAUGUUCUAGAAGACUUGACCCACAAUAUGUGCUACCUCUUUGGGCGCUGCACGCGGUCCGUCAGCCUAUGUCCUCCAGCAUACUACGCGGAUUUAGUAUGUGAUCGGGCUAGGAGGUAUCUGCAUGAGGUUUUUGGGGCCUCAGCGGCGGGCAGCAACUCUUCUGGAGGAGCGGGGAGGCAAACAGGUGUCAGUCAGUCCAUGGUCACAAUACAUCCCCGGGUUUCGAACACCAUGUUCUUCAUCUGA